AUGGCGACCGUGUACAAGCUAGGCAUGUGGGGCGCUCUCCUGUUGGCCCUGCUGCUGACCGUGCUGGUCGGCGAGGAGACCGCGGCCUUCCGGCUGCGCGAUCACACUUCGGAAGAGGAUGACCGGAGUGUGCAUACGGGCGCGGGUGCGCUGAACCGACGGAUCUUCGCGCUUGGCCGGGGAGAACGUGCCAAACCGAAGUCCUGGUCGCGCCUGCCAAAAGAUGAGUACGAUGACGACGAUGACGGCGACGAUGAUGAUGAGGACGAGAAUGGUGGUGACAACGAAUACGAGCAGGUAGCGAUCCGUCGAGCGGCGGAAAAACGAUUUGGGUUCGCCGGUCGCCGAGAACCCCCUACCGGGAGUGGUGCUGCGAAACGACGGGAGAACGUCCGCUGGCGGUUGGAGAAAGACGACGUUUACAAGCGUCCCGCUGACGACGGUGACGACGGUGACGAUGCAGAGAACGAUGGUGACGACAAUGAUUCUGAGGGCGAACCCGAGGUUAGAACUAUUUUUAAUCUGUACGGAUGGCUUGGAUCGGCAAAGGGUAGCGAUCGAACAACACCGGAUUCCGAUAGCGACGACGAUCGCAAAUCGCGGGCCAAGGCCACGGCCACGCCAAGUAAACAGCAGCGAAGCCCGAAGGUGCCAGCCGAUGACGGCGGAUUGCUCGGGUCUAUCAGAGGGUUUCUGGAGGCAGCCAAGACAAGAACCUCGGCCAUCAGCUUCGAUGCGAGUGUGUUGAACUGGAUCGAAAAGUUUACCAACACACCGGCGGAUCAGGACACCGGAGACGAACCGGAGGGUAGCACGCUCGUCGAUCGGCUCCGUAGCUGGUUCCAGCAGUCGGGCUCCCACGUACCAGGGAAAGACCGCCAGGAGUCUGGUGCCGGUGAGCAGAAGAAGAAGCCGAAACUCAAGCAGGACUCCGCUUUCGUGCAGCUGCUGAACGAGAGCCCACUGACGUCGCUGUUCAGCAGCGACGAGCUACCGGUGGAGGCCCCGAUCGAUGCGGCACCCAAGACCCCACCCAAGGCCCUGCCGCAGGCUCGGUCGAAAGUGGUGAAGGAGCGGAUCGCGAUAUCGCCGGAAGACUUCCAGCAGCUCCUGCUGCGGGUGCCCUCGUUCGUGCCCGACUACUCGCUGGUCGGCAACCGGGAGUGCCAGCGGCAGGGCCAGAUUUUCGAGCGCCAGCUGCGAGGCAAACGGCUCUGGGCCCUCAAGAUGAUCGACGCGAGCGCCAAGCUGGGCUCGGGGUUGCUGCAGGGUAACGCGCACCAGCUCGGUGACUACGACCUGUGCACGGGCAUCUCAACCAAGGUGCAGGUUUCCGGUAGCGAACAGGUGCGCAUCCGCGGGAAGUACUGCCUGGCACAUAUCGACGUCGUCGCGGAAGACGACGAGCUGCAGCUCCCGGUCCAUCUGCUGCACGGCCGUGGCUUCAUUCGCAGCACCCUGAACGAUCCGAAUCACUUUCUGCCACGGUUCACCACGAUCAACUGGGGUAUCUGCCUGCCGGCUGCCUGUACCUUCGAGGACGCGGCCGGCAUCGUCAAGAACUUUGUCGGGCCGUACAACUCGACCGGCAUCAAGGUGUUCCUGGAGCUCGAGGAGGGCAACUGUCACGUACGUCAGACGCGCAGCCGGAUGCUGCUGGUCCGGGAGAAUUGGAAGCUGAUGAUGGCUAUUGGUUUCUACACGUUCGUGGUGGUCGUAACGGUUGUGGCUACGCUGAACGACUACGAGAUCUUCAUCAAAAUAGACCCGUUGGCGUCCGAGCAGCAGCCGACGAACGUGCUGCACCAAAUGUUGAUGGCGUUUUCGCUCAAAAAAACCCUCCGCCAGAUCUUGGGUGGCGUACCGGAAGGCUACGAGCAAACGGGAGAGAGCCGACCGACGUUCGCGUGCCUGUACGGGCUGAAGGGUGUCGCCAGUGUGGCGCUCUUCUUCGCCCUCCGCCUGGUGCCGCUCGGGUUCCAGCCGUUCACGAACCGGAACGAGUUCACCGAGAGCUUCAACGCACCCUGGAGUGUGGCCGUCCGGGUGCUAAUGCUCUACGCCGACCUCUACCUGGUGGUCAGCGGGUUCUUGGCGGCGCACCACAUGAUGCACGAGUACCGGACGCGCAGUCGGCUGGCGUGGUUCAAGCGCCUCGUGGGUCGGUACCUUAGACUAACCUUCCCGCUGGUGCCGGUGCUGGCAUUCUACGCCCUCAUCUGGGAACACCUGGGCAGCGGUCCUCAGUGGGGCGAUGUCGUGGUCAAGAACGCCAAUCUGUGCAAACACAACUACCACACCAAUCUGCUGUUCAUUCACAACUGGUACCCGAUCGAGGAAACGUGUGCCCCUCACACCUUCCAGCUAGCGAUUGAGAUGCAGCUGAGCGUGCUGGCACCGUUUCUGAUGAUUGUGCUCACCAAGAACCGGUUCUACGGGAUGAUCGCCUACGUGCUGUUGCACUGCCUGUCGACCGCGAUCCGGUUCUCGAGCACCGUGGAGGACCGCCUGGUGCCGUACGUUUUCCACGGUGUGCGCCUCACGCAGCUCUACCGUACGCUGAACCUAUCGCUGACCGAAACCCUGCACCGAAUCACUCCGUACCUGACCGGCUUCGGGCUUGGCUGUUUGCUGCAGGAGACGCAAGACGCCCAGUCGAGACACCAGGAACGUGGUAUCCGGUGGAGUGGCUGGUUAGGUGCCGGCGUCGCACUCCUCUGGUGCUUACUGUCACCCCUCGACAUCGUUCGCAACGACUUCCAGUACGAGCCGUUGGAAGCGGCCCAGUAUGCAGCCCUCGCACCGCUCGCUUGGUCACUGGGCAUCUGCUGGGUCAUCUUCUACUGCAUCACCGAGGACUCCAGUGCACUAAAUCGGCUGCUAAGCUCGCGCCCACUAGUACUGCUGGGUCACCUCUCGUACUCGCUCUCACUCGUCCAGUUUCUGGUGUUCUUUUACUUCGUCGGCACGACCCGCGGUAGCGAGGUGUUUAGCCUCGGGACCUACAUCAACCGUACCGAGCUGUGCCUUCUGGUCGGGGCCGCUCUCUCCAUUGCGCUCCUGUUCGACCUGCCGAUCCAGAACGUGAAACGCUUCCUCGAUGCAGCCGGCGUGCUAGAUUCCUUCGAAAACGUCGAACCGGUCGAGGUUAAGCCAACCGAGGCCGCGGUCAGUCCGAGUGGCGACGAAGAAGAAUAUUCCCAAAAAUCGGCUUCCGCAACAGACGCUGCAGUGUCGGCACCGGCAGAGAAAAACGAACCGGAACUACCAGCGAACGCCGACGAGGAAGAAAUGGAAGACUUUUGGGCGCAGAGUAGUGCCCAAGAGGAUCGGGCCAAUGGUUCCCAGCCAACGAAACCGGAGACCGAACCAGUACCGGAACGGGGCGAGACAAUCGACCUGCAGCAAGCGCUAGAGGAAGACUACUACGAGGAGGAGCAGGAGGAGGAGGAAGAGGAAGAAGAAGAGGCAGAGAUUGACGAAGAGAAAGAGGUCAAACGAAGACCGACAACGAACGGGCGGGAAUGGUCCCGCACGUGGGAUCUGUUGGACGACUAACUAACGACCUCGUUGGUCGCUAAAAUCGAACUAAACGCAGGUAAAUAUAAGGGUGUACAAAAGGACCCACGUUUGGACGGGCGCAUCUUAUGUCAUUCGUCGCUUGAAUGCACUGAACGAUAAAAUCUCUUGUUUAAAUAUUAACGAACGCCUGUCGAUCCGUUCGGAAUGAUAAAGACUAUACGUGAGUAGCGUUCGAUCAAGCUUGUGCCACUAGUUAACAGAGGGCAGCACAGGCGGGCCAGGAAUUCAGAACUCGAGGCAUGAGCGACUCUGUCAGUGCUGAUAACGAACCAAAACAAACGCCAGAGUGAAUCACCUUUUUUGAAAAAGAUUCACAACGCUCCCUAAGUUGCUGCCCCAUUACUCUCAACAGGCGGGGUGUUUAGUUACGAUGGUUGGCUAGCAUAUUAACAAUCGCAACUAACACUUCCAGUUUUCCGCAAUGAUAGA